UCCAAAUGAAAUAAUGCCAUCAACGAAUUGGAACUUGAAUGAAAUAAAGAAACAUUACAUUCAUCAAGAUUAUCGAUGGUCUUCAAUCUUUGACGCUGUGCCUUGCAAACCAUUCGAACAAGGUUUAGACAAGCCUAUCAACCCAUUUAGAGUUAUUUGUGAAUCAAUUCUUGCUCAACAGAUAUCAUACAAAGCAUCAAAAGCUGUUUGUUACAAGUUUAUACGUUAUUUCUACCCACAUUUGCCUGAGAAAAGGGAGAAAGAUGAUCCAGAGGAGUUUCCAACUCCAGAACAAGUUGCUAAUACAGAGGUUUCUAGGUUGAGGGAAAUAGGGUUCUCUGUUAGAAAGGGAGAAUAUGCUGUUGGCUUAGCACAAGCUUUCGUGAGGGGUGAAAUCACACCAAGAAAGUUAAUUGAAGCAUCUGAUGAGGAGCUCAUGGAAAUGCUUACAAAUAUCCGGGGUAUAGGACCUUGGACAGUGCAUAUGCUGAGUAUAUUCAUGCUUAGGCGUGUUGAUAUACUACCGCCAGCGGACCUUGGAGUUCAGCUAGGUUUAGUCAAAUUUUGGCUUGGCCAUGAGCUAAAAGCAGCGAAGAAUCACGGUCAUAUUGAUGUAUCUGACGAAAAACAGAAUGAAAUGAUAAAUCAAAAUGACGACAUCAGAUCAGCUCAACAAUCAGUUACAAGUCUAGAUUCGAACGGAGCUGUUAAGGCGGUACCUCUACCGAAAGAGGCCCUAGAAAUCGGUCUAAAGGAAAGUGUACUAAGGGAGCGUUUAAAGAAGCGUUUAAAGAAGGGAAAUAUUUACUUGACAGCUAAAGAGUGUGAAGCUUUAACGGCUAAUUGGAGACCAUAUCGCAGUAUCGGUGUUUAUUAUAUGUGGAUAAUAAAAGGCGAUAAAGAGUAAAC